AUGCCCAGAGAGGCAGGAAACGGGGCCAGCCAGGGGGACUCGAGAGCGGCUGCACUUUCCUGUCCCCCGCCGAGGAGAGCGGAGGAGCAGCGGCCUGUGGCCUGGCGAGUUUCCCCGGAGAGGAGCCGGAUUCCGCUGCAGGGACGGAGCGAGGAGUCCGAGGUGCAGGAGGGGGAGAGCACGUGUACCUGGCAGGAUCAGGCCCCGAGUCCAGCCAGAGGCUGCAGGGCGCCCCCCACCCGGGCAGGAAGGGGAAGGGGCGCAGCUGAGGGGCAGGGCAUCUGCAGGAGGGCACAGGGGCAAACAUCUCUGGCUCAGGCUGGCACGGACCCUGCCGGAGACCCUGGGGAGCUGCUCCCUUCAGUCCUGAGCUCAAGGGGCAGAAUGAGGGGUCCAAGGCAGCUGCUGCUUCGCGGUGGACGAUGCAUAUAGUCGUCCGAUGAUCAGCGGCGUCGUUGGGGCUGUUGCCUCCCGGGGCGGUCACUGAGUCUGCCGCCCCUCUCCCUGUCCCUCAGCAGGGAGCCCAGCCCAUUUCGACGGUCCUCCCCACGGCGGAGAGGGAAGGGGAGGCGGGGAGGAGAAGGAAGAGCAGUGCAGCAGGGAGGUGCCCCUCUCACUCUGCAGCCCCCCGACACCCUUUGCAAGCCUCCACUACUGCCCCCCUUCCUCUGCCAGUGCCAUUGAUAAAUCUAUCGCCCUUAUUUGUGAAUUGGUCUGAUCGCCUUUGAAAGCUCUCUUUGCCACCACCAUCACCGCAUCUUGUGGCAAUGAUGUCCAUCAGAUUCAUUUAGCAAGGAAAUUGCUUCUUUUGUCUUCCCCAAAUCAAGGUACACUGUGCCUACACAUGGAGGUUCUGUUGUUCUGUCACGGCUAAUAAAACGGCUAAUAGAUCUUUUCCCCGGAGAAUGCAUCUGAUCUUUCCCCAAACUAUCAAAGCUAGUGACCUCUUGUGUCUGCGUGUGAAUAAGUGUGACAGGCUUAAACCUGUCUCAUUAAUUGUUUUAUUUCCACCUUCCUCAGUAAUACAGCUGAGUUUUCAGAUGAAGGCUGAGGGUUGAAGUGGGUGACAGUUUUGAGAAUGCAGAGGAAAGGAGGAUUCUUAAGAAGUGUGGCAUAUGGAAAUGAAUUAAUGAUAAUAAAAACGUUGAAGACAGUAUUGUUAAAGACUGAGGAAGGCGAAAUUGAAAUUAGCUAUUCAUGUUCAGAUUAUUACUCCUUUCAUUUCUAUACUGCUUCAUAUUUUUAAGAAAAAAAUCUAAUUAGUAAUUAGAGAGAAAUCUCAUUGCAAUUUGUGUCCAUAGGAUGUUGAGAACAUUAACUCUGUAGAUCCAGUUCUCUCCUCCUGAUAGAUUUGAUUGUUCUUUCUGAUAGAGCAGGAGGAACGAAACAUUUAUGGUCUUAAAGCUGCAUUGAUUCUGGAGGCCACAUUCAAGUGAACUUUGUGGCCAAUGUAUGCACAUGCAUGUACACACUGAAAAGAGAUGCAGACCAUAAAGUCACAUGCACACAUGCCAUAGAUGCUGCCCACACUCACCAGACAUGCCAUCUAGCAUACAUACAAGUCUUGCAAACACAAACAACGUGUUUAGACCUUCCAACCCCAGUGCUGGGCUGGAGGAGAAAUAAGAGCACAAGAAGACCCUGCUGAAUUAGCAGUGAGAUCUGUGGAAAAAAGACCCUUCAGAUUGUUCUUUAGAAAUCCUCUUUAAAGAGCAGCCAGAGGGAUCAUUUAUUUUCCUUUUGCCCCAUUUCAGCACUGUGCUGGUUUGUGCUGAAAUUGGAGUUGAAAAGAUCUCUCUAAGGGCCCCUUAGGCAUCUUUCUCUCCAGGACAGACAGAGAUCUUCAUCCUAUGAUCAGAUCAGGAGAUGGAAACCGCAGGGACUAGCAGGACACACCCUGAGGCUUGGCAAGCCAUAUGCAGCCAAUGGACUGUAAGUUAGAAUGUCUUCAGUCAAGAGAGUUUGUGGCCACAGGAGGACUCUCCUGUGUGGGUGUCUGAGGGCCCUGCUCCUUCCUGCCACUCACCACCUGGCCCAGGGCGGGGCCUGAAGGACUCACAGGGACUGCUGCGCUCUGCUGCCCAGGAGGACUCUCCUGUGUGAGUGUUUGAGGGCCCUGCUCCUUCCUGCCACUCACCAUCUGGCCCGGGGCGGGGCCUGAAGGACUCACAGGGACUGCUGCGCUCUGCUGCCCAGGAGGACUCUCCUGUGUGAGUGUUUGAGGGCCCUGCUCCUUCCUGCCACACACCACCUGGCCCAGGGCGGGGCCUGAAGGACUCACAGGGACUGCUGCGCUUUGCUGCCCAGGAGGACUCUCCUGUCUUAAGAGGCCUCAUGAGGCACCGGGACACCACUGCUGCGGCUUCACCGUGGGGGUUGAGGAAGGCCGCUCCCUCCUGUAGGCACACUCCUCCAGGCCUAGGGGGCGGGGCCCACACUCGCCACCGCUACUGUUUUAAGGACACUGGUGUUGCCGCGGCAAAUGUUUAAAAUGUUUUUAUAUAUUUUAAAAUGUUUUAUAGGGGUUUUUACUUUUUACUUUGUUGUACCACCAUGAACGGUGGUUUUUAUUGAUAUAUUUCUAUUUUGUUCCGUUUUAUUUUGGUUUGGGGUUAGCUAUUGAGUGGGGUGGGGAUUUGUUGUGUUGGUACAAUUGUUUUUGAUUUGAUUUGUUUUCUAUUCUGUAAAUGGAGGUUGGUUUGAGGCUUGGGAUUGCUACCAUAGUGGGGCGAGGGAGGUAUGGCGGUGGGGGCAGAUGUCAUAGGCGAAGGGGAUCGAGAUAUGGAUAUGCUCGUACCCCUUCCAAUCUGCGCCCCAUCCCGAGGGACGAAGGUAGGGUGAGCAAGGAUUACUCACCUCCGUCACUGGUGUUGUGCAAUGCCAGGUCUAUAGGCAAAAAAACCGCCACCCUGCGAGACUUCUUCACCUCGCAGGGGGUUGACCUGGCUUGUGUGACGGAGACCUGGGUGCGCGAAGGGGAAACUGUUACCUUACGAGAGAUGGCGCCCCCGGGUUUCUCCGUCCUCCACCAGUCGCGGACUGUGGGCCGGGGGGGAGGGGUGGCAUUAUUAAUCCGAGAAGACUGUUCUUUCAGGGCUCUACCAUCGCCAUCGAUCCCCGGCAUUGAAUGUGUUGGCCUAGUGUGGGGCUCCGAGGAGAGCUUGGCUGUCUGGCUGGUGUACUGGCCACCUAGCGCACCAGCAGCCACCCUGUCAGGCCUGCUGGAGGCGGUGGCCGGCUGGGCCUUGGAGUUCCCCAACCUAUUGGUACUGGGGGACUUCAACAUCCACGCUGAUGCCACUCCCUCCUCACAGGCUCUGGACCUGGUGUCUUCCAUGGCGACACUAGGGCUCUCCCAGUUUGUUUCGGGCCCCACACAUCAAGCAGGCCACACGCUGGAUUUGAUCUUUGGCGCCGGUAUAGAUGUGAUCAUGUCUCCCUCGAUGAAGGUGCCAUGGUCUGAUCACUACGCACUGAAAGCCAGGAUUGAUUUUCCACCCCCACCCUGCUUAGGUGGCGAGCCGAUUUGGGCUCGCCCGCGGAGGCUGAUGGACCCUGAUAGAUUCCGUCAGGCCUUGCGGGACCUUGCUCCCCCUGGCGACUCAUUGACUGAGCUUGUUGAGGGCUGGAAUAUCCAGCUCCUGGCAGCCAUCGAUGAGAUCGCACCUAGGCGCCCUCUGCGACCCCGCAGAAACCGGGCUCCCUGGUUUACCGAGGAGCUUCGGAAAAUGAAGCGGGGCCUCAGACGGCUAGAGCGAGUAUGGCGGGGUGCCCGUGACGGAGCUUCAAGAACAUCUUAUAGGGUUUUUAUGAAAACCUACGAGAUGGCAGUGAAGGCCGCUAAGAAUUCCUACUUCUCGGCCUCCAUUGCCUCCGCUAGCUCUCGCCCGGCGCAAUUAUUUAGUAUAAUUAGGUCUUUAACAUCCCUCGAAGGACAGCCAAAUUUAAAUAACAAUUCGACACACAGCUGCGAGGCAUUUGCGAGCUCUUUUGCGGAGAAGGUCCUGUUGCUCCGCCAUGACCUCCCUGCCAAUUUGGAUACAAUGAAGGAACUGGAGGCCCCUCGACUGUCCUCGGGUCCAGUAUUGGACCACUUUGACCGGAUAUCCCCAGCCGAUGUGGACAGACUCCUCCAAGCUGGAAAGCCCACCACUUGUCCUCUUGACCCGUGCCCGUCCUGGCUGAUUAGAGCGUGUCCAGACGAGGUGCAGGCCCCCCUGGGUGAUAUCAUCAAUUUGUCCCUUGGCACUGGGAUAUUCCCAGGGGAACUGAAGGAGGCAGUGGUGCGUCCGCUCUUAAAGAAAACAUCAUUAGAUCCUUUAGAUCUAUCCAAUUACCGCCCGGUUUCGAAUCUUCCAUUCCUGGGUAAGAUGAUUGAGAGAGCGGUUGCUGAACAGCUUGGUAGGUUUCUGGAUGAAACAUCUGCUCUCGACCCAUUCCAGUCCGGCUUCCGCGCUGGUCAUGGGACCGAGACGGCUCUGGUUGCCCUAACAGAUGAUCUCUGCAGGCAGCUGGAUCGAGGCGGGUCGGGGCUGCUGAUUCUUCUAGACCUGUCAGCAGCCUUCGACAUGGUCGAUCACGAACUCCUGGACCACCGCCUUGCCGACGUGGGGAUCCAGGGCACAGUCCUUCAAUGGCUGCUCUCGUUUCUCUCCGGUCGGGGACAGAGGGUGGCGCUUGGGGGGGAAUUGUCAUCGCGCCACUCCUUGGUGUGUGGAGUGCCUCAGGGUGCGAUUCUCUCCCCGAUGCUUUUUAACAUCUUUAUGCGCCCCCUCGCCCAGCUUGUCCGGAGUUUUGGGCUGGGUUGCCAUCAGUAUGCCGAUGACACCCAACUCUAUCUGUUGAUGGAUGGCCAUCCUGACUCGGCCCCAGAUACACUGACCAGAUGUCUGGAAGCUGUGGCUGGAUGGUUACGUGGGAGCCGGUUGAAGUUAAAUCCUUCGAAGACAGAGGUCCUCUGGCUGGGACGGAGCGAUAUGGGAUUGAGGGGGCAACUCCCGUCUCUUGCGGGGGUGCAAUUAGUGCCAGCAUCAUCCGUGAAGAGUUUGGGUGUAAUCUUCGAUACCUCCCUCUCUAUGGAGGCGCAGAUUACAGCUAUAACAAAGGCGGCAUUUUUUCAUCUCUGCCAAGCUAAGCAGUUGGCUCCUUAUCUCUCUCGCCCUGACCUAGCCACUGUGAUCCAUGCGACGGUCACCUCCAGACUGGAUUAUUGUAACUCGCUCUAUGUGGGGCUGCCCUUGAGACUGACCCAGAAACUCCAGCGGGUGCAGAAUGCCGCGGCGAGACUCCUUACGGGGUCUCCGCUGCGAGAUCAUAUCCAUCCGGUGCUGUACCAGCUGCACUGGCUCCCGGUGGAGUACAGGAUCAGGUUUAAGGUGCUGGUUUUAACCUUUAAAGCCCUAUACGGCCUAGGACCCUCGUACCUACGGGACCGCCUCUCCUGGUAUGUCCCACAGAGAAAUUUACGGUCUGCAAAUAAAAACACCCUAAAGAUCCCAGGCCUCAGAGAAGUUAGGCUGGCCUCAACUAGAGCCAGGGCCUUCUCGGCCGCGGCUCCAAUCUGGUGGAACGCUCUGUCACAAGAGACUAGGGCCCUGCAGGACCUGACAUCCUUCCGCAGGGCCUGCAAGACAGAGCUGUUCCACCAGGCCUUUUGUCAGGGCGCAGCCUGACCCCCUCCUCUGGCAAUCUGCACAAAAUUUUGCUUGAUGGUUGCCAUUAAUUUGAUUUCAAUUUGAUUUAAUUAAUUUUAUAAUGAAUGUUUUAGAAUGUUGAACUAUUUUGAUUGUUGUUAGCCGCCCUGAGCCCAGCUUCGGCUGGGGAGGGCGGGAUAUAAAUAAAAUUUAUUAUUAUUAUUAUUAUUAUUAUUAUUAUUAUAGAAUAUUUUGGAGUGAGUUCUUUGAUUUUGUUGGUCAAUAUUCCUUUUGUUAGUUUCUUAGGCUGUGCAGAUACCAUACAUUUAAAGCAUGUGGCUUCCCCCAGAGAACCACGGGACCUGUAGUUUAUUGCUACAGCUCUCAACACCCCUAACAAACGGUAGCUCACAGGAUUUCUUGGGUGAAGCCAUGUACUUUCAAUGUUAGGUGGGUCUGUCACAGCCUUAAUCAUAUACAAAGAUCUGUUGUUUCUUUUCCAACAUGCUAGAAGUUGCAGCCAGGAUCAGCAUUCCCUGUCCACUGAGCAUGCUCAGUCCUCUCACUGGGUUGUUUUUGGAUUUCCUUCCACUGCCUUGGUCCCCCCCCCCCCAAAUAUUAUUUGUACUUCCAUAAACCUUGAUGUUUCCCCCAGUCUUUGGAUAACUUCCCCUCGUCCCUGGGUGGAGUCAUUUGGGUGACAUAAUGAUUGUCAUUCACAGCCUGAACAUUAGAAAUAGAAAGAGUAAUAAUAUAUUUCAAAAACUGGCAAAUGGUUAAAAAAUGUGCUUUUGUUUUUAUUCUUGGAUUUCAUUUUACUUUGUGUUUAUUUCUUUUCCAGCAGGGUGGCGUAAAAAUUGAAGAGCCGGGACCCAGGAGACCCAUUCAAAGGGAGAGACUGGAGUGCAAAGGAAAGAAACCUCCUGCCGGCCAAGUUGGGACCAUCAGGGAUCUUCUGCCUCGGGCAGAUUUAUGUCAAAUUAAGCAGGAGCAAGAGGAGGGGCAGCCGCAGCAGCACUGGGAGGCCCAGAAGCAGGAUUUCCUGAAGACGAUGCAGCCCCCUCGUUCAGGGUGGGAAACCCCACAGGCUCCCAGUUCUCCCCACUCUGGGGAUGGUGUCCUCUCCUUCAGGGGAGCUGCAGAUGCCAGUCGGUGGCCCAGUGGGAGAGCAGGGGGGACAGACCAGACCCUGCUCCCAGACACUGAGGGGCUUCUGGGAAAGGUAAGUGCCCUCCUCUCACCUGGGUUUCCAGCACCUGGAGGUCACAGGUCCACUGCUUCUAGACAUGGAGGUUCUGUUUAGCUUUGGUGGUGAAUAUUCCUCCUCCCUGCACUUCCACUCUAAUCCACUUUAAAAAGCCUUGCUAGACCAAACUUUCUUACACAUGGGAGGUUUGCGAUCAUAUCUCCUGCUAUUCUUACUUUACUUAAACAACUGCAGGGGACUCUGAAUUUUAUCAGAGCAGAAGCUGUGUCAGAAGAGGGGUCCUUCCACCAACCCCCGUUUUCCUCCUCUAAAUUGCCUCCAUUUCCAAAAUGCUCUUUUCUCCCCACUGAGGUAAAAAUCUUGGCACGUCUUGCAGCCUCAGCAAUCCCAUGUGUAGUCGCAUUAAAUAAGACUGGCCCAUCUUGCAAGGUUGUUGCAAGAUUUAUUAAGAUAAUGGCCAGAUUCAGAUGACUGAAUCACAGCCUGAAAAGCUGGGUUAAAAAUAGGAACAGUUUUUAAUGCAUUGCUGCAGCAAAGUUACAAUAAAACCUAAGUUGACCCAAGUUGAAAACCAAAAACUCUAGCCGCCACCGCAGUCUCCUGGCCCCCACAACCAGAAUGCAUCACUCCAGGAAGGACCCCCACCCAACCUUUAGUGAGAGAGGGCAAAAGAAAAGGACUCUACAUUGGUAGUUGCACAAAUUUACCAGCUGUGGUCCUGCACUGACAGUAAGGCUAACAAACAGGGGAGCUGGGAACGUGCUGGUCCCAUAUCUCCCUGCAUCUGCCUCCUGACCUAAUUGUCCCAGCUUACCUCAUGAUUGGGCCGGCCCUGAGGGUGAACUGUGAUGAAACCAGGCACUCUCUUAUGAGCCAUAACUAACAAACUUUCCAUUUUGCCCAAACCAGGAAACUACAGCUGCCAGCUUUGGAACAAGCUGAGAGAUUAAUCUAACUUCAAACUGUGCUUGCUCAAAACAGGAAACUCUGGUUGAUCAGUGGCUUCGUGCUUUGACUGAUCCCACUGAUAGCAGUAAAAAUAGGAAGCCCUGUUGCAUUUGAAGGGGUUGUUUGGACAGAGUCUCUGAUCAGCAUGCCUAGCAGGACAGGCUUAAAAAGGUAAAGGGACCCCUGACCAUUAGGUCCAGUCGUGACCGACUCUGGGGUUGUGGCGCUCAUCUCGCUUUAUUGGCUGAGGGAGCCAGCGUACAGCUUCCUGUUCAUGUGGCCAGCGUGUCUAAGCCGCUUCUUGUGAACCAGAGCAGUGCAUGGGAACGCCCUUUAUCUUCCUGCCGGAGCUGUACCUAUUUAUCUAUUUGCACUUUGAUGUGCUUUCGAACUGCUAGGUUGGCAGGAGCAGGGACCGAGCAACGGGAGCUCACCCUGUCACAGGGAUUCGAACCGCCAACCUUCUGAUCGGCAAGUCCUAGGCUCUGUGGUUUAACCCACAGCACCACCCGAGUCCCAAGACAGGCUUAGGAAGCAAUUAUUAUUAUUAUUAUUAUUAUUAUUAUUAUUAUUUGCAUCCUGCCUAUCUGACUGGGUUGCCUCAGCCCAUCUGGGUAGCUUCCAACAAAAUAGAAACCAUCAAAAAUUUCCUUGUAAAAGGCUGCCUUCGGAAGUCUUCCAUUUUGUAGAAAUGGCCUUCGGUUUUAAAGAAUUGCCCUCUUUAAGGAAUCACUUGGUGUAAACAUGUAUGUCGUCCUCUACGUCCAAACACACACAGACAAACAUAGUGGGAGCAAGCAGUGCUCUAAAGUGCUUAUCUUGCAAACUUGCCAUCUAAGUUGUUUACUCCUGACCAAAGUUCCUGUUUCCCAAAAGGACAGGAGGGGGAGCAGUGGAGGAAACGGAUGGGUUUGAAGGCUCUUUCCACCAGCCGCCUCUCUCCCCUGAGGAACAAGAGCAAAAGGUGUUAGCAGGGCAGAAGAACAGAGGAGUCAGGGAGGACAGAGGGAGCAGUGGGCGGAUCGCCCGCCUCUCCCAGGGGGUCCUGAUGCAAGCAAGGGGCUUCCUUCUUCUCCAUGCAAGGGCCACUCAUGUAUUCAGAGCAGUUCUUUGCAGAUGAACUCUUAAAUUCCAAGGGACCUACUCUCAGGCCGCUAAUGUACAUACCAUGCCAGCCUUAGGAAGGGAGGUGGGACAGGGAGGUGAAAGGAAUUGCCAAAGGUGUUUCAAAAUGGGUGGGGGAUCUUGGGGAAGGGGUGCCCAAUUGGGGCUUCUUCAGGGGGAGCAGAAUGUCUUGGGCAGGGGAAUCCCUGCAGGGGCUCUCAGACUCCCUUGGCUUCUUCUUCCCUCCCUCCCAGGAAGCUGCAACUGGCUCUGGAUUCUGCGCUCCUCAGGAAGCUGAACCUGCAAACCUAGCUGAGACUGAACCUGCAACCCUGGCCAGGAUGGAAGGAGGAAGAUGGACGGGUGACCUGGUCAGGCUGUCUCCCGGAUCCCUCCCCACAACCUCUGAGCAUUCCCUCCCAGGACCCUUGGAGAAAUCUGGUGAGUUCCAGGGGAGAGGAGAUGGGGACAGGGAUGGAUGGAUGGAUGGAUGGAUAGAUGGAUGGUGGAGGGAGAAAGGGGAAAAGAUGGAGUUGAGACAAAUGGAAGGAGGUUCCUGAACGUAAGAAGGAAGGGGUGAGGCCUUCUCCAAAGCAGCUUUUCUUCCUCCAGGCUUUUAAAUCUUAGAUGUUAUUUCCCCAGCAGGAAUAUUGAUGAUAAUGAUGUGGCACACCAAUCCUGAAAAAAGGGUGAAGGGGAAUGGAAAUGCUUCCCAUAAUUAUUUAUAAUUAAUCUAUUACCCUUAUUUUUUAUAGACAGGGUCAGAUACAUUCCACCAGCAUCAAAAUAAAUGCAUGCAGCUCCCCAGUUUGGUGGACUUAAGGGACAAAGGACCCGUUAUCAUGAUACAUAAUUCCUGUGGCUGGAGGCUCUACACUUAGGAUUGGACAUAUAAAGUCCAAGAGCGUCUGGUAUUAGAAGCAAAUUGUGUUAACUUGCCAAUCUUACAGACUGGGGUUGUUUGUGAGAGUGAGUGAGUGGGAUAAUAAUUUCUAGCACCCCUGUAAUUUUCUCCGUUCCUAAGCUUCUAUGGGUGGGACGCGGGUGGCGGUGGGACGCGGGUGGCGCUGUUGGUAAAACCUCAGCGAUUAGGGCUUGCCGAUCGCAUGGUCGGCGGUUCGAAUCCCCGCGGCAGGGUGAGCUCCCAUCUUUCGGUCCCAGCUCCUGCCCACCUAGCAGUUCGAAAGCAGCCCUAAGUGCCAGUAGAUAAAUAGGUACCGCUUUAUAGCAGGAAGUUAAAUGGUGUUUCCGUGUGUUGCGCUGGUGCCGGCUCGCCACGGCAGCUUUGUCACGCUGGCCACCUGACCCGGAAGUGUCUCCGGACAGCGCUGGCCCCCGGCCUCUUAAGUGAGAUGGGCGCACAACCCUAGAGUCGGACACGACUGGCCCGUACGGGCAGAGUUACCUUUACCUUUACCUUUAAGCUUCUAUGGAGAUACUGUGGUACAACCUUGGUACAAAUUUCAAAAUAAGUACACCAAGCCAACAAAGAGACUCAGAGAUUUAUAGUGGCACCAGGUAAAGGUAAAGGGACCCCUGACCAUUAGGUCCAGUCGUGACUGACUCUGGGGUUGUGGCGCUCAUCUCGCUUUACUGGCUGAGGGGGCCGGUGUACAGCUUCCGGGUCAUGUGGCCAGCAUGACUAAGCCACUUCUGGUGAACCAGAGCAGCGCACAGAAACGCCGUUUACCUUCCCGCUGGAGCGGUACCUAUUUAUCUACUUGCACUUUGACAUGCUUUCAAGCUGCUAGGUUGGCAGCAGCAGGGACCGAGCAACGGGAGCUCACCCUGUCACGGGGAUUCGCACCGUCAACCUUCUGAUCGGCAAGCCGUGGCUCUGUGGUUUAGACCACAGCGCCACCCGCGUCCCUUAAAGUUCCCUUAGAGAGAUCCUUUAACUCCAAUCUCAGCAGGAAUCAGCACAGUGCUGAAAUGGGAUAGAAGCCCUGAUCUGGAGAUAAAUGAUCCCACUGGCUGCUCUUUAAAGAGGGUUUCUAAAGAACAAUCAGAAGGGUCUUUUUUCAUGGAUCUCAUUGCUAAUUCAGCAGGGUCUUCUUGUGCUCUUAUUUUCCCCCACCCCAGCACUGGGGUUGGAAGGUCUAAACAUGCUGGUUCAUAGAUGUCAACUUUCAGAUUUGAAAAUAAGGGAUCAGCAGCCUCACCUGUCCCCACGUCCCUGUGGCAUCACGUAUCCUGCUCAAAAUUCCACUUUGUCAGACUGCAGCCCACAAAAGCUUAGGCCAUAAUACAUUUAUCAGCCUUUAAGGGCUGCAAAAGAUGAAUAAACAGAAGCGUAGUUCAUCUAUGGAAUCCAUCCUACAGGAGACCGUGAGAGCCAGCAACUUGGAUAGCUUGAAAGAAAAGAUAAGACUGACGUCUCUGCUCUGCCCUCGCAAUCCUAGGCAAUAAUCCUUCUUGAUACUAGUUUCUGAAAAGCACAGGAAGGCAGAGAAGACUCUUGUGCUCCAAUCCUGCUUGCCGGUUUCCCACAGGCAUCUGGUUAGCCUCUGUGAGAAGAGGAUGCUGGACUAGGUGGGCCUUUGCCUGAUCCAGCAGGCUCUUCUUAGGUUCCAAUAUAUUGCAAUAUUUUUUCAGUUACAUGUAGCACUUAAGUUUUACUUAUUUCACAAGGGAAAUACUGUUACUUGAGCCUGAGAUAAUUUCCUCACUUGAAAAAGAAAAAUACAGAGAUGUGUUUAAUAAGCCAAUUCCCCCAUAGAUCUGUAUUAUAAAAUGAUGGUGCUUUAUUAAGUGUGAAUGGAGUGAUCAUGUGUUGCUCUUGCCAUUAUCUCAUCUGCUUUGCAAAAAAAUUGGAACCUAGAGAGGACAGUGGAGAAUGAAGGUGUUAAAAUGAGAGAAGGUACAGAUUGGGAUUGACAUGUGUUCAGUUCCUUUUUUGUCUUUCUUGAAAGUCUAACAGGAUUCUCUUUCCUCCCAGACUCCCAAACAGGUGAGGAAGAUGAAAGUCAGAAUUCUAUGGAGCCACAGGUGAAUUCAUUGGGAAGAACAAAGAAACUGAGGAUACAACAAGAAACUCACAAAGGAGAGAAACUAUUUGAAUGUAUUGAAUGUGAAAAGAGCUUCAGUACCACUGGGAAACUUCGAAUACAUCAGCGAACUCACACAGGGGAGAAACCAUUUGAAUGUAUUGAAUGUGGAAAGAGCUUCAGUCGAAAUGAUGCACUAAGAAUACACCAACGAACUCACACAGGGGAAAAACCAUUUAAAUGUAUGGAAUGUGGAAAGAGCUACAGGGAUAGUGGAUCACUUAGAAUACACCAACGAACUCACACAGGGGAGAAACCAUUUAAAUGUAUGGAGUGCGGUAAGGGCUUCAGUCGAAGUGGAACCCUUAGAAGUCAUCUACGAAUACACACGGAGGAUAAACCAUUGAAAUGUAUUGAAUGUGGAAAGAGCUUCAGUGAAAGUGGAGCACUUAGAAUACACCAACGAAUUCACACAGGUGAGAAACCAUUUAAAUGUAUGGAGUGCGGUAAGAGCUUCAAUGAUAGUGGAUCACUUAGAAUACACCAACGUACUCACACGGGAGAGAAACCAUUUAAAUGUAUUGAAUGUGGAAAGAGCUUCAGUGAAAGUGGACAUCUUAGAAGACACCAACGAACUCACACAGGGGAGAAACCAUUUAAAUGUACUGAAUGUGGAAAGAGCUACAGUCAAAGUGAAGGCCUUAGAAUACACCAACGAACUCACACAGGGGACAAACCAUUUAAAUGUAUGCAGUGUGGAAAGAGCUUCCAUGAAAGUGGAGCACUUAGAAGACAUCAACAAACUCACACAGGGGAGAAACCAUUUGAAUGUAUUGAAUGUGGAAAAAGCUAUAGUCGAAGCGGAGAACUUAGAAUACACCAACGAAUUCACACAGGGGAAAAACCAUUUAAAUGUAUGGAAUGUGGAAAGAGCUACAGUGAUAGUGGAUCACUUAGAAUACACCAACGAACUCACACAGGGGAGAAACCAUUUAAAUGUAUGCAGUGUGGAAAGAGCUUCCAUGAAAGUGGAGCACUUAGAAGACAUCAACAAACUCACACAGGGGAGAAACCAUUUGAAUGUAUUGAAUGUGGAAAAAGCUACAGUCGAAGUGGAGAACUUAGAAUACACCAACGAACUCACACAGGGGAAAAACCAUUUAAAUGUAUGGAAUGUGGAAAGAGCUACAGGGAUAGUGGAUCACUUAGAAUACACCAACGAACUCACACAGGGGAGAAACCAUUUAAAUGUAUGCAGUGUGGAAAGAGCUUCCAUGAAAGUGGAGCACUUAGAAGACAUCAACAAACUCACACAGGGGAGAAACCAUUUGAAUGUGUGGAUUGUGGAAAGAGCUUCAGUCGAAGUGGGACACUUAGAAGACAUCAACGAACUCACACAGGGGAGAAACCAUUUAAAUGUAUUGAAUGUGGAAAGAGCUACAGUCGAAGUGGAGAACUUAGAAUACACCAACAAACUCACACAGGGGAAAAACCAUUUAAAUGUAUGGAAUGUGGAAAGAGCUACAGGGAUAGUGGAUCACUUAGAAUACACCAACGAACUCACACAGGGGAGAAACCAUUUCAAUGUAUGCAGUGUGGAAAGAGCUUCAGUCGAAGUGGGACACUUAGAAGACAUCAACGAACUCACACGGGGGAGAAAUCAAUUAAAUGUAUUGAAUAUGGAAAGAGCUACAGCCAAUAUGGAGCACUUAGAAGACAUCAACGAACUCAUACAGGGCAAAAACCACGGAUACUUUAAUAAACUGCAUAGGUGUUUUUUACCUUUCCUUCUAUGCUUCCUUGCAAUACUGACAAAAUCAAACCAUGCCAAUGCUUUCAGCCCCAGAAGAGGAGCUCCCCUUGGUGUCAAAAGAAAGCAGUCCUGUGCCACAUUUCGUAGCAGUUACUUUAACACACUCUACCUGGGGCUGCCUUUGAAAAGAGUUCAGAAGCUUCAAUGGCUCAAAGAGCAGUAUAGGACUCCCAUAUUCGAACAGCUUCGUCUGCCUAAUUGUCUGUUUCUGAACACAAUCAAUGUUUCCACAAGAAGAGGAAGAUAGAUUUGGAGUGCAGCAUUUUUAAUAAGAAAUGGACCCAUGACUAUUUCUUUGUGGAGCUGAGCCUCAUUUGUGGUGAGGCCCUCUCCGUCCUGAAGAAGGCCCACCUGUAGACACACUGCAGGACGAAGCACAUUCAGUACGAGGAGUUCCAAGGGCAGCUGCGCCAGGAGAAGGUCAAGGCGCUGAAAACGGACCUGUUGGGUACCUGUGGCCCCUCCAGAUGAUGUCAAAUUGCAACUCACGUCUUCUUUAGCCGCUGGCCACGCUGGCUGGGGCUCAUGGGAGCUGGAGUUCAAGGAUCUAGGUCCACAAAUGCCGGGGACAAUUCAAAUCCCUCCUCAGUCGUGAAGCCGAUUGGGCAACUUAAAGCUGGUCACCAUCUUUAUGCGAAACCUCCCUCGCAGGGUUGCUGUGUGCGUGAAAGCACAGAAGUUUUUAGGGAAGUUUUUAAUAUUUAAUGCUGUACUGUUUUUAACACUUGAUUGGAAGCUGCCCAGAGUGGCUGUGGAAACUCAGCCAGAUGGGCGGGGUAUAAAUAAUAAAUUAUUAUUAUUAUAUAAUGAUCUUCCUCUGCUUCACUUCAGAUAAUUCAGUGGGGCCUCUUCUCAGUUCAUUCUAUUCUGGAUCAGUGCCUUAAUCCUUUGAAGAUUUUGUAUAUCACAGAAUAGUCAUUGAGGUGUCCCCAGAUGUUGUUGUCCAGUUCCCAUCAGCUUCAGCCAGCAGGGCAGACAGUCAAGGAUGAUAGAAACUCUAAUCUGGACCCCAGCACCUUGGCUCUGCUGCCCUAUAUCCUUCCCAUUGAAAGAAAUGUGAAAAUUAAUUUUGUACGCUAUAGAUUUAUCCUGGUCUGGUGCAUGCAAUGUCUUUUGUUUUGCAGCUGUGUGAUUUGUGCUCAUAUUGUAUUGUGGUGGCCAUUGGCUAUAAACAAUAAAAUUUAUAGAUACAGUCGAUUGAACUGCAAAAAUAAGUAAUAAAAUAAUAAAACGAUUUUUAUAU